AUGACGGAUGUGGAAAUUAAUGUGAUGGGUGAAAUGGAGGAUCCUUAUAAAAAAGAUCAGAAUAUUAGUGGGUUUGAGCUUCCUAAAAUCCCUCCAAUUCCGUUAAGUCAGCUUGGCUAUCCACAAGCACAAGAGUGGAUUCAAACCAGACGGGCUACAUUGAGACCAUGGUCUUUAUUUUUAAAUACAAACAAUGUUAGGCCUCCACCAAGUAUUACAAGACUGAGUAAAAGAAUUAUGAAAAAUAUUGAGUACUUCCAGAGUAACUACUUCUUUGUUUUUGUAAUAUUGGUCAUAUAUUGUUUAAUAACUUCUCCACUUCUAUUAUUCACAGUAGGAAUAGCAUUAGGAGCUUGCUACAAAGUGUCUCAAGUACAUUCAAGACAAGAAUUGAUGGUCUUCAAUCAUAAAUUAACACUGGCUCAAGUUUAUGCUGUUAUUGGUAUUUGUUCUCUCCCAUUAUUUUAUUUAGUGGGAGCUGGUGCUGCGCUUUUCUGGGUUCUUGGUAUGCAAAGCUUUUAA